CAAAAACAAUCUUGGUAGCUCCCGUCAUGUCUUGUGGCACGACCCAUACUAGUUUAUAGAUUGGUCUUUGGGUAUAAUAGCUGGAUUAUACGGUAAUAGUUGUAGUGAGCAGCCACGGCAUCAUGCGAGCUGUUAUUCUAGCAGCUGGUUAUGGUACCAGAUUGGAGCAGGACCUGAGGAACGACACCAGUGGAGAAUUCUCUCAUCUUAUUGGUGUGCCAAAGCCCUUACUGCCAGUAGGCAGCCAUCCACUUAUAACACAUUGGAUUCAAACCUUUGACCAGACUCCAGAAAUAACAAGCAUUGUUGUUGUUGUUAACGAUCUUUACAAGAAAUUGUAUGAGCAGUGGGCAGAGACAUUGCAGAGGAGGGUUGAGAUCCGGAGUGAUGGCUCAUGCAGCAACGACGAGCGGUCUGGGGCCGUGGCCUGCAUGAUGAUUGGUGUGAACUAUCACAACGAAGACACCAUUUUCAUUGCUGGAGACACACUCUUGAAGGACACCUUUUCUCUGAAAUCGCUAAUAGAUGAUUUUGAGGCCCUCCGUCAAGAGCACAAGGGAGCCUGCCUCAUACUGAGUGCUCCAGUGUCAGAGGAGAAUGUUUCAAAACAUGGUAUUCUUGAGGUUGACAAGUCGGGAAGGGUGACGAGAUUUCUUGAGAAGCCUCUGCCUUCUGCCACAUUGUCGAGGCUGCAGUGCCCAUGCUUUUACGUCAUCUCAUCAGAGAGUCUUUGUUACCUGAAGGUACGUAACUUUUUUUCUAGCUUAGUGCCCCUUAGCUGAGUUGGUAGCACACUUACUUUACACAUUGAGGUCUGUGGUUCGAUUCCUGGUAUGGGUGGGAACAUUGGGGGCAUGUUCCCUUAACCUUUUCAGGAUCGAGACCCUUCAUCUUGAA